AGCAGCAGACACGCUCAGGGCUCAUAACAACGAAAUUUUGAAAAGGAUAAUUUGAACUCUUGCUGAUAAAAUGCCUGCUACGUCUGAGAUACACGUGACUGGUCCGUGCAGCAGCGAAGGACAGCAGCAGCGGGCCGAGGAGAAAAAAGCUGCUUCUCCCUUUUCUCUGUUCUGUGAUGAGAGCGGGUACCUUAACCAGAUCCAGUACGUUUUACAGAACGGAGUGAAGAAAGGCGACCGAACAGGAACAGGAGUCAUUUCUGUCUUCGGCUUACAGGCGAGAUACAGCCUGAGAGAUCAGUUCCCUUUACUCACCACCAAGAAGGUUUUCUGGAAGGCCAUUGUGGAGGAGCUGCUGUGGUUCAUAAAGGGUUCAACAAACGCCAAAGAGCUUUCAAAGAAAGGUGUGAAGAUCUGGGAUGCGAACGGCUCACGGGACUUCCUGGAUAAGAGUGGAUUUACUGAGCGUGAGGAGGGAGAUCUAGGCCCUGUAUAUGGUUUCCAGUGGAGACACUUUGGUACUGAGUAUAAAGACAUGCACACAGAUUACUCCGGACAAGGUGUCGACCAGCUGCAAAAAGUAAUUGACACAAUCAAGUCGAAUCCAGAGGACAGGAGGAUCAUUAUGUGUGCUUGGAAUCCUAAAGAUUUGCCUCUGAUGGCUCUUCCACCGUGCCAUGCUCUGUGCCAGUUCUAUGUGUGUGAGGGUGAACUGUCAUGCCAGUUAUACCAGCGUUCAGGAGAUAUCGGUCUGGGUGUGCCCUUCAACAUCGCCAGCUAUGCCCUACUUACGUACAUGAUCGCCCACAUCACAGGACUCAAGCCUGGUGAUUUUGUACAUACUCUUGGUGAUGCCCACAUCUACGUCAAUCACAUUGAGCCUCUGAAAGAGCAGCUUCAGAGGGAGCCUCGCCCGUUCCCCAAGCUGAAGAUCCGUCGCACUGUGGAAUGCAUUGAUGAUUUCACAGCUGAGGAUUUUGAGAUUUGUGGCUAUGAUCCCCAUCCCCAAAUCAAAAUGCAAAUGGCUGUUUAAACACAACUUCCUCCUAAAGUUGUACAGACAUAGACUCCUGUAACACUGUAAGGUGUUAG